UAUAAAAGCAUUUUCAAUCUUGUUCUCAUUAACAAUUUCCUCAGUGUAGGAACUAGUUGAUCUAUUUUACACUCUUGUCAUGUCUGGUCGUGGUAAAGGAGGCAAAGUAAAGGGAAAGUCAAAGACCCGCUCAAGCAGAGCUGGACUUCAAUUUCCCGUCGGUCGUAUCCACCGAAUGCUCCGUAAAGGCUCGUACGCUGAACGUGUCGGUGCUGGCGCCCCUGUAUAUUUGGCUGCUGUCAUGGAGUACUUGGCCGCUGAGGUACUUGAGUUGGCUGGAAACGCAGCUCGUGACAACAAGAAGACGCGUAUCAUCCCUCGCCACUUGCAAUUGGCAAUCCGCAACGACGAAGAAUUGAACAAACUUCUCUCUGGUGUCACCAUCGCUCAGGGCGGUGUUCUACCCAACAUCCAGGCUGUUCUCUUGCCCAAGAAGACCGAAAAGCCCGCCAAGGCCUAAUUUCUUCGCCACUUCUGUUGU